AUAGAUAUAAAAGGACAGACGGGUUCAACACCAUCAUUGUAUCCUCGUCUCUGUACAAUACAAACACUACAACAUGAACUCCUUCGCUGUUCUCCUCCUCUACGUCCAGGCUUGCUUGGUGCAGAAUGUGUUCAGCCAGUGUUGCGGCGAAGCGUACGGCCCCGGUAUGGCUGGUGCUUUCGGCGGCUACGGCUCGUACGGAGCGUACGGUGCUAACGGUGCUUACGGUCUCGCCGGGCCCGCUCUCGCGGCGCCGCUCGCUUUCGGCGCAGCCUACGGCGGAGAAGGUGUCGGUGACGUAGCGGUCGCCGGUCAGCUCCCAGUCGCUGGUACCACCCUGGUCGCCGGACAGGUGCCGAUCCUGGGUGCCGUGGAGUUCGGAGGCAUCGUGCCGGCCGGCGGCGAGGUGUCCAUUGCCGGCAGCUGCGGCUGCGGCUGCAGAGGAUCUUACCGCUACUGAGCAGCAACUGAAGAUAUCUAAAUGAAUUGAACAAAUAAAAGCAUUUACCGGAAA